UUUUCUAAAUAUUUUGUACUCAUAAUUUCAAAGUGAAAAUUAAUGAUUUUUAUUAAUUAUAAGAAAUGAUACUAUCUCACUUAUUAAUAUGUAUUAUCUUUGAUAUUGCCCAUAAAACGAUAGCGCGGGAUUUGAUUGGAGUCAAUACGCAUGAAUUAUUUAUGGGAAAAUCUCCUCAUUUAAAAAUUUUGCCGGAGCUUUUGGUAAGUCCCAAAUCUUGUCCUCAUGGAGUUAAAUGUGUUCCUCCGAUUCAAUGUCCAGCACAUUUGAAAAUGGCAAACAAUGAGCAUCCUGUAGUUUGCAAUUUAUAUGGAGAAUAUCGCGGAUUUUGCUGUGCAACAUUACAAAACCACACAACUGAAUUUUAUCUUAAACAAUUAAAGACAGAAAAAGAACAAAAAAGAUUCAUACGCGAUAUAAAGUGGAGUCAGCCUGUGGAUCUAGAUUCAAUAAGGAACGAAGCAAAUUUUCAUUUUCAAAAGUUAACUCGCUCAUCUAGGGAACUAGAAAAUAGACAAACUCCGUUUCAUGAAAGUUUUUCAUCCAGUAAAUCUGUCAAGUCAGAUUUAGCAGAUCAAGCUUUAGGAAUUAAACAUGCAAUAGCGAGCAGAAUUGCAAGAGAAAGUGAUAAUAUAUCCAUUGAAGAAUUUCAACUAGGCUUAUCUGCAAAGAUUUUGACACACACUUGUCCUGCCUCUCCGCCAUGUCAUCCUAAACUUUUAGCUCUACGUUAUAGAUCAAUUGAUGGAGUUUGUAAUAAUCCAAUUAAUGGGGCGUGGGGCUCAAAAAAAACUGCUAUGGAACGGUUACUGGUUCCAGCUUAUUCAGACGGAGUUUGGGGUCCGCGCAUUCAUUCAGUAGAUGGAUCUCUACUAAGUUCUCCUCGUGCCAUAUCGUUCACUGUCUUUCCAGAUAUUGAUCGACCACAUCCUAUCUAUAAUCUCAAUGUUAUGCAAUUCGGUCAAUUUUUAUCACAUGAAAUAACACAAUCAGGCUCAAUACUCAAUGACGAUGGAAAACCUAUAGAAUGCUGUUCUCCAGGGGGAUCAUCUAUUCUACCUACAAAUCAGAGACAUUUUGCAUGUUUUCCCAUUCAUGUUCCUCCAAAUGAUCCAUUUUACUCUAAAUUUAAUGUCAAAUGUCUCAAUGGAGUCCGAUCAAUUAUAGUACCAAACAAAGACUGUAAAUUUGGUUAUGCAAAGCAACUAAAUAAAGUGACACACUUUAUAGAUGGAUCAGCUAUUUAUGGAUCUGAUGGUCAAAAGGCUUCCGAAAUGAGAAGCUUUAAAGAUGGGCGAUUAAUUGCUUUUCAUGAAUUUAAUAGGGAAUUGUUACCACUCACUCGAGAUGCAAAGUUCUGUGCAUCUUUACGAGAUAAAAAUACGUGUUUUAAUGCUGGAGAUUCUAGAGUAAAUCAAGUACUUUCUUUAACUGCUGUUCAAACACUAUUCUUAAGAGAACAUAAUCGCAUUGCUGCACAACUACUUAUUUUAAACCCUCAUUGGUCUGACGAAAUUCUAUACCAGGAAACAAGAAGAAUUGUAGUUGCAGAGUUACAGCAUAUAGUUUAUUCCGAAUUUUUGCCUAUUCUUGUAGGAAAAGACGCAAUGCUGCGAUUCGAUAUACAAACCAGAAAUCAAGAUUACUCUACCGAUUAUGACUCUAAUGUGAAUCCAGCUGUAACAGCAGAAUUUGUUGGUGCAGCAUUUAGAUUUGGACAUUCCACUGUGGACUGGCGUUUCUUAAUUCAACAACCUAAUCAUCAGUUUGAGACAAUUACACUUCCUGAUGCUUUUUUCAAUCCUGUCCGUCUUCGACAACCACCAUUUUACGAUCAAAUGAUGCAAACACUUUAUAGUCAACCAAUGCAAUCAGUUGACGAAUCUUUUACAAAGGGGCUUUCAAGAUUUUUAUUUAAGGGUGAUGCACCGUUUGGCCUUGAUUUAGCUUCCAUAAAUAUAAAUCGUGGCAGGGACUGGGGUCUUAGAUCUUACAAUGACUAUUUAUCAGUUAUUGGUUUUAAAAAAGUUGAUGAUUUUAGUUUAUAUGGGCCGGAUGUUGGUCAUCAUUUAGCAAGUGUAUACAAGCAUCCUGAUGAUAUAGAUUUGUAUGUUGGAGGGCUCUUAGAAGCAGCAAGAGAUGACUCUUUAUUAGGUCCAACAUUUAGUGAAAUAAUUUCUGAUCAAUUUUCUCGGUUACGUAAAGGUGAUAGAUAUUUUUAUGAGCAUGGUCCCGAAAUUAAUCCGGGCAGUUUCAAUCCAGAACAACUAAAUGAAAUAAAAAAGGUUACAUUUGCCCGCAUUAUUUGUGAUAAUUUGGAUAAAAUUGCUGUUUUUUCUGUACCACCUAAAGCGUUUCAUAGAGCGGAUUUAUCAGGAAACCAACCUGUUCAUUGUGAUAAUCCUUUGAUUCCUCGGUUAGAUCUUUCUUUUUGGCGUGAAUAGCUAAUUGAUGUGAAGUAUUAAUAUAUAAAAAUUCCCUCCAAAUUCUGAGUGCCUUUUCAUCGUUAG